AAGGGGGAAGAUAGUUAAAUCCACAGAAAGUUGUUCUUUCUCUGUAUUUUUUAUCUUUUGGAUUACCUUUUUUUUACUCUUGGAUUGUGAAAAAAAAAAUCUUAGUGGCUUUUGGGUCAAACCUUCAUUUCUUUAAGGAUGCUAAGCUGAGUAUGGGAACAGCGGAAAGCAAAAAGAAAAAAUCAGCUACAAGAGCUUCACAGAAGGAAUUAAAUUCCUGCUCAACCAUGGCAAACCAGAAAGACAACAUAGAGGAGUUUAAAGUCCAAACAGCCAAGCACCCGAACAUGAGCUCAGUUGCUUUACGGCCACACAGUGACCAUUCUAGGGACCGGACGUCCAAAAGGCUUUCGACUGAGUCUAAUGGGACUAGUGACGGAGGUAUGGGCUCGUCCACGCCGGUGGAAAUCACUGCUUUGGAAGAGUCGUUUCGGCGCUUCGCCAUCCACGGUGACACCCGUGCUACGGGCAAAGAGAUGCACGGCAAGAACUGGUCCAAACUCUGUAAGGACUGUGGUGUGAUUGAUGGGAAAAACGUGACCCUCACCGAUGUGGACAUAGUUUUCACCAAAGUCAAGAAGAAAUCCUGUCGAACCAUUACGUUUGAUGAAUUCAAAGUGGCGCUAGGAGAGCUGGCUCGGAAGAAAUACAAAGAAAAGAGCGGAGAAGACGCAGAGGCCGAGGUCUUCAAGCUGAUUGAGGGGAAAGGGCCGAUCAUCGCAGGGGUCACGAGAGCCGUGGCCUCGCCAACGGUGAGCCGCCUUACAGACACCACCAAGUUCACAGGGUCCCACAAGGAGCGCUUCGACGAGACCGGCCGAGGAAAGGGGAAGGCUGGCCGGGUGGACAUAGUCGACACUUCAGGAUACGUAUCAGGAUACAAACAUCGAGGGACGUACGAAAAGAAAGUGAACAAACCCACUGAGGGUAGACCCCUGUGAAGUCAAAACAUUUCAUUAUGAGCUAAGAUGAUUUUCUACAGAGUACUCCUAGAAAGCACAACAGAAUACAAGGUCAUACAUUACCCUACAGCUUUAUUUUUAUGUGUAUGUCUGUGUGAGAGAAAUGCUAAAAAAAUCUUUUAAACUCCUCUCUUUGUGUGAGAACUGGAAAACUGUUUACAUGUAUUUUUUACUAAGUCAUCACCAGCUGGUACAUUCCUGUCUGAUAGCGAGUUACUGCCAAGAACCAAUGAGAGGAACUGCUAGAGCCUUGCUUUGAAAGGGCCCCAGAAUAUUUAACAAGCACAACAAACAACGCACCAAGAACAGAAACAGAAAAACAAUAUGAUGGGGGUGGGGGGGGUGAAUAGUUGCACUUUUUUUAAAAUUAGAAAUCUUUCUGUUACGUUGUUUGGUAAAAGAAAGGUGCGGAUUUUAAAGACUGGCUCAAUUUUAUUUGACACGGUUAUAACUGAUGUUGGCUAUGCAUCUUCAGCGGGUUUUUCCACCUGAAACCUGUUGUGUUUAGGGAAAUUAAGUUUCUCUCAUAAACUAUUAAUCAUUUGUACAGAAGCCCCUAAAUCUGAUUAAAUAAUAAAAAUGUAAUGUUACACUUUACAAAAACAAGAAAUCUCAUUGAGCAAUGAUUGUCUUUUUCAGUCAUCCCCACAAACAAAAAUUUAUUCCAGAAAAAGUAAUAAUAUGGAUGUCUUUUUUUAUUUAAAGGAGCAUAAUUUCACUUUGAAAUUUUUAUUUGAGUAUUUAAUCAGUGAUGUAGGCAAAAAAA